AUGAACACGCUGGGCUACGUCGCCCGCCAGUUCGAUGUCCUUGCUUCCUCAAAGCCUCUCCCAACCUCGUCGUCGACAUCCAUUGCGACCGCCCAUCGCAGGAGAAGGUCAGAACGCUCCUCUGAUCCCCAUUCUCCAGAUAUCCCAUUACAAAGGGUCAGCACCUGGUCUACAAACUUCCUCUUCCCUCCAACUUCCUCACAUCCCUCAUCCACCCCGAGGCGUACCCGCUCUUCGCCCUCCUUUGUCUCCAUUCCCAAUCAGCCACCACCAGUCAUUCAACCAGCGACCGAUCCCUUGCCGACACGCUCAAAAACUCACAUUGAAUCCGUCAUCAACCAGAUAUUCUUCAUACGCGUGUUCCUUGUCGUAUGGGAUAAUGUCAAGGCAGUCUGGUCGUCUCUCACCCAUCACGUCACCAUUUUCACCUGGCCCAACCCGAUCACGAUAGAACAUCCACCGUUACCGUCAGAGAAGGAUGUAGUACAGACUCUUCCUCUGUCCGCAGCUCAAGCCACAGAGCAAUACAUUCAUUUGCAUACCGCCGAGCCAGAAUCGACGAUCUCUAGUCCUCUCACUGGUCCCCCACCAUCUGUUCAAUCACCCUCCACACCUAAAACCUCUCGUUCCUCCACCCCCACACUUAACGCCAAGAAGACCCCGUUCCACCUUCCAAAGACUUUGGUUCUUGACCUCGACGAAACGCUAAUACACUCAACAUCCCGUCCUAUGUUUUCGCAAGCUAGCAAUGGAUCAGGGCUGCUCAGCCUCGGCUCUUUCGGACGAUCUAACAAGGGUGCAGGUCACGUCGUUGAAGUUGCGUUGGGAGGUCGGAGCACGUUGUACCACGUUUACAAGCGUCCCUUUGUUGACUUUUUCCUCAGGACUGUUUCGGGAUGGUAUACGUUAGUCAUAUUUACGGCAUCAAUGCAAGAGUAUGCAGACCCAGUUAUUGACUGGCUUGACGCCGGAAGCGGAAUUCUGACCCACCGCUUCUUCCGAGACUCAUGUACCCAAUUGCCGAAUGGAUCUUACACAAAAGAUCUCUCAAUCGUGGAAGCUGACCUUUCUAGGGUCUGUCUUGUUGAUAAUUCACCGGUCAGUUAUCGGGUUAAUGAAGCGAACGGCAUUCCUAUUGAAGGUUGGACUCACGACCCAUCAGAUGAAGCUUUACUUGACCUCUUACCUGUUCUGGACUCGUUGCGAUUCACCUCCGACGUCCGUCGGGUUCUUGGUUUACGCUCAGCCGGCGUGCACCACUCAUAG